AUGAGAAUGUUAGCUUUGGCUCGGACCACAAGACCAAAUCUGGAAAAUUUCAAAAUCUUUUCCAAGAUUUGUAGGUUUUUAUCCACUGACCCUCUCAACAAGUUCAGCGAUCUCUUCUUUGCUCUUUCUGUACCACCAAGAUCCUCGAUAAUAUUGCAGACUCUCUUCGCAAACAGCCAACAGCUUCGCACUGGAAAAGUGUUUCCUUAUUCCGUUCUUGUGGUAGCAGUGCCACCUUUCACAGUUGAGAUCGCCAAAGGAGACGAGCGCCUGUGCUUCCAUCUUGAUUUGGUUGAAAGCGUUGAUGUUCAAGGAGAAUAUGGUUUUCGAGUAGAAGAGUUCUAUGUAGCUCCUGCAGCCAAAGAAGGCGAUGAAGAUGUCCCUGCUGAGGUUUAUGCAAGCAGUGGCAUAUACAUCGAUCCAGAUUUCUACGACUUGCUUUUUGUCCGCUACCUAGAAGAGCGCGGAUUUGAUGCUUAGUUCUGCAAAACUCUGGUUGCUUACGCUACGCACUACGAACACUCGCAAUAUGAGGGUCUUCUCAACAUGGCAUAACGAAAUGAGGACGGAACAAAUGAAUAUCAGCUUUACAAUCAUGUAAGUAAGCUUUGUUUGUACAUAUAAUACUUUAUGAUCUGUGCACGCUAUUACUUGUUGAUGAAUUGCUACGUUUACGAUUUACUCAGAUGUUUUUUGUUGAGAGAGGAGGUAAAAAUUUGUCAUGCCAUUGAAAAUGUUUGAUA